GCUACUACUACUACUACUACUACUACUACUACUACUACUACUGCUACUACUACUACUACUACUACUACUACUACUACUUCUACUACUACUACUUCUACUACUACUACUACUACUACCACUACUACUAGUACUACUACUACUACUACUACUACUACUACUACUACUACUACUACUACUACUACUACUACUACUACUACUACUACUACUACUACUACUACUACUACUACUACUACUACUACUACUACUACUACUACUACUACUACUACUACUACUACUACUACUACUACUACUACUACUACUACUACUACUACUACUGCUGCUGCUGCUGCUGCUGCUGCUGCUACUACUACUACUACUACUACUACUACUUCUACUACUUCUACUACUACUACUACUACUACUACUACUACUACUACUACUACUACUACUACUACUACUACUGCUACUACUACUACUACUGCUGCUGCUACUACUACUACUACUACUACUACUACUACUACUACUACUACUACUACUACUACUACUACUACUACUACUACUACUACUACUACUACUACUACUACUACUACUACUACUACUACUACUACUUCAACUACUACUACUACU